CCCAUUUCCCACAGCAUGAUGUGUGAUGAUGAGGAGGAGCCUUGGAGCGAAGCUGAGCAGGGCGGCUGCAGCACAUGCCGCCGGGAACUUGCAUUUCCCGCAGCCGAGAUAAGCCGUGGGCCCGCAUUUCUCUGCAGAGUUUUGAAACCUCCUGGAAUCAGGCCCCGAGCCCAUAGGUUUCUUGCACUGACCUCUUGGAGAGUGUAUCAUCUAACUUCUCUCAUAAUACUUGGAGUGCUAAUUCUUCAGAUCAUGAAGGAUUUGGUGUUCUCAAGGAUAAAAGGUGCAAAGCUUUGGAGGACCAUCACUGGCAACUGGAAAGUCAUCGAUUCCAGGCAAGACUACAGACUCAGAAUAAAUCAGUGCAUUUCAGAAACACUGAUGAAUUUAUUUGUAUUUCUUCAAGAAAUGUCCCACUUUAAGGAACAAAACCCUGGCAAGUUUUGCCUACUAGUCUGCAGCAUAUGUACAUUUUUCACUGUCUUGGGAAGUUACAUUCCUGGAGUUGUCCUCUCCUAUGUCUUGUUAUUGUGUGCCUUUUUGUGUCCCUUCCUUAAGUGCAAUGAAUUUGGACAGAAAGUGUACAGCAAAAUUAAGGCUGUUCUGAUGAAACUAGAUUUUGGAAUAGUGGAAUAUAUCAACCAGAAGAAAAAAGAGAGAUUUGAAACAGCAAAAACAAAACCCACAGAAGAUGACAGUGAAUUAGACAUAUCAGCUCUGUGUCCUAAGGUUAGUCCUGCAGUCGUUGCCAAAGAGAUGUCAGUGUCUGACACAGAUGUAUCGGAAGUAUCUUGGACCGAUAAUGGGACCUUUAACUUAUCCGAGGGGUAUUCUCCACAGACAGACACAUCUGAUGAUUUUGACCGACCUAGUGAUCAUGAAGAGGCUUUCGCUAGAGAUCUUUUAGAAUUCCCUUCUUUAGAAAAUGGUGCCGGAACAAAUGAUGAUGAUGACUCAAGCAUCGGAAUGCCCAUCCAUCCAAAACGAAGAAAAGAGCAAACAGAUUUCAAGGUGGAUCACGCUUCCAGACAGAGUAAAGAGAGACCACCCACUGCAGGGUUGUCCUUGCCUUUGACCAGUGACCAAACCUUUAAUUUAAUGAGUGGAAUUGCUGGUGAUGUCAUCACAGCCGCGGUGUCUGCUGCCAUCAAAGAGCAGUUGCAGUCCACACUGCAAGCUCCCUCACAUGCAGCACCCAGUUUGAGUGAGGAGACAGACACAGAGGAAGCUGAUGAUUUUGAACUGCUUGACCAGUCUGAGCUAGAGCAGAUUGAGAAAGAAUUGGGACUUUCACAAGGCCAAGAAGCUGAAUCCCAGGAAAAGAAAAAGUCUUCAGGCUUUCUUUCAAAUCUGCUUGGAAGUCAUUAACCUGGUAACAUAGAAGAAAUUAAACAUAAAACACAAAAAAAAAUCAUCAAAUGCAAAAAAAAAAAAAAAAAGAGGAGAAUUCUGAGCUGCAAGCUUUAACUAUCCCUUUAGAUGUGUUGUUAUAAUUUCCCUUAUGCAGAGUGAAUUAAUUGGAUAAAUAUCAGAUGAUACUGAUAGUUUAAUGUUUCUGGUAGUUAUACCUCAAUGUAAUAGCAUGGAAAUGAAUUAUCUGUCUACUGUUUGGUUACAGAUGAGUGUUGGAGGUCAGUUGUUCAAAAGAGUUGGGGAGAGAUUUCUUCUAUCUUUUUGACAACCAUUUAUUUUGGGGUCCUGAGCCAAAUUUUCAACAUCAGCAAUUUAUUUACUCAUUUGCCAAUCCUUUAAUACAACUAAUGACUCACAUAGCAAGGGCAAGUUAUCAGAGGACUGCAAUGAGAUUAAGUACAUCUCACCUCCUUCAAUCAUACCAAAAAGUAUGGAUCCCUGCAGUUAGGAUUAUGUGUAGUGCAUCUACUGUAUAUGAAACACAUUAACCAGCACAACUCUAGUUUAAAUAUGUAUGCAACACUAUAAAAGAAAACUUGAUUUCAUACUUAAAACCUUUGAAUUAUUUUGGAUGUGGUGAUGCAUUUCCAAGGUUUUUGCUGUUCUAGGCUUGUAGAAUUGUAAAGUGGCAUGUUAUUUGACUGACCACCUGCUGUGUUCCUUGAUGGAGUCUGGUCUAUGGCAGUAUUGCCCAUGUGAAGUCAGCCAAUGAAUUUUUAUAUUUAAAAGUUAAUAUUGUGUAAACUGAACAACCUUUAUGGGAGCAGGUGAGGGUAGUUAUUGUUCGGAGUAAAGGUUAAAGGUUAAAAAAAGCAUAAAGGCUUUUUUAGAUGCCACUUCCUUAAUUCAAGAUUCUGUAGGUUUCAAUUUGGUUUUUUUUACAGGAUAGCUGCUGCCACUUGCAACAAAAGUUGUGUUGCAAGCUGAAUAUUUUAAGGUACUUAAAAGUAUUUGGUAAGGUCAUUUGCUAGAGAAGACACUCAGAAUCUUCUUCUUGGCAUGUAAUUUAAAACAAAAAAGAAUUUGUUUAAAUCAUUUGCUGGUUUAAAGUCCACCCAUGCUGAGUAAGUGGCAUGGGAUCUUAAGCAGAUAACUUAUUUUUUUAGGGCUUUUUUGUUCACCUGUAACAAAACUGAGUUGCAAUACCAAGCAAUAGUAAUCCAAGAAAUAGGAAGAAGUAAAGCUAGUUUUUUUAAUGUGAUGUAAACCAUUAGCGAUGUUGAGGGACCAUGUCAGCUGCUACUACUACUUAAGUAAAUUUCCAUUUGCUGGCAUUUGAAGAGGUGAAUACUGUCAUCUAGGACCCUCAAAAAGUACAGCAACAAACGAUAAAAAAUCUUCCACUAACAUAUGUGUGUAGGUAAACCUGUGGUUAAAGUUAACUUCAUUUUAUAUUUUUUUUUCCUUUUGAGAUGAAAAAAUAGGCAGAAGGCCAAAAAGAGUAUAGUGAAAAGAAAGAUGCUGAGAAUUUUUGACACUAGCUUUAUUGUUGCUUGUGCUUUUCUGUCAGUAAUGCAUAUUGACCGUGUCUGCUGUCCUUUACCAGUAAAAAGGUAAGCCUGUGCCUUCAUUAACAAAUACAUUAUGAAAUAAGUGGAUGCUGGAUAUAGAUCCUACAAGAUGCAGCUUUCAAAACUACAGUAUCUUAACAUUUGGGUUAACAUUGCAUUAUCUUAACAUCUGAGUUUAUGGAAAUCAUUAACAACCACGGCCCACAUCAGUUCCACAGCAUUGGUUGCUAAGUUUCCUUUUUAGCUUUCCCCAACCUGUCCUUCUCAUUUGAAAAAAAUCAAAACAAACAAACAAACAAACCAAAAAAAACCCAGCCAAAAUUAAAAGAAGCUUUUGCUGGAAAAUUUAGUGAAUUUAAAGACCAUUACAAUUUCUUGGAUGACUCAAAAGCGUCAUUUCGUUGCUGCAUGUUUAGGACAAUCUAUAUAGUUAGAGGAGUACAAAUCCAAGUUGCUGAUGGAACUUUGUAGGACAUCUGAACAAUCUUUAUCCAGGACUACUGGUGCCAGGAGGGGAAACAGGCUGCGGGACAGAGAGAUAUGAGGGAAUGAGCAGUCUUUCACGGGCUUUUCUGGAGCGGAUUGACGGGACAGACUAACUGGCUGUCAAUGGUGGCUUUAUAACAGUGUGCACUUUAUUGUUGUUUUAUGAAGAAUACUUGUGGUUAUAAAAGUACGUAACACAGGGGCACUCUUCUAGAAUAAUAGAUCAGGAGGAAAAGCAGUUGGAGGAUAUUCUCGGACUUUUUGUAAAUUACCCAUUUUCUGGUUUCAAGACAGGUAAAUAGAUUGAUUUUUCUCCAACACAGGUCUCACUUUUUCCCAGAAAGAAAAAAGAAAGCAAAACUUGAAAAGAAAAUCAUUCAAUUUAGGGACAUAGUUGCUUAUUUGAGUGUGUUUAGAAUUGUAUUUUUCUACUUUCAUGGUAGUUGAUUACAUUCAAGCCCCUAAACGUUGUGUAAUGGGAAGGAGGUGAUUCUGUAACAUCUAAUAUUCUUCCUCAGGUAGUGAAAACAUGCCUCAUUUUCUGCAGGAAAUGAUCUCUUCCCUCCUAGAAAAAUGCAUGUAAGAAACACUUUGCUCGGAUACGAUACAUUCCACUGCCAGCAGUUUGACAGCAAAACACAAAGAAAACGCUUCUCUCCUUCAUGGAUACCUUCUACACUGCCUUCAAUUGGAAAUCCCUUGAGAAAACUUCAUUUUGCUGUAUUCUAGCAGCAACCACAAAAUAGCAGUUCCUUAAAAAAUUCCUCUCACAAUGGUCCACAGCAUCUUUCCUACCUAGCACGGUCAUCACCUUCUCAUCUUCCAAACUGAAUACAUGGGCAGAAAGACAGGCAAGUGAGUAUGAGGUAGUAAAUAACUUUGAAAUACUCAGUUUUUCCAGGGAAAGCCUGCUUGCAUGCGAUUUCCAGUCAAAAGGCCUGCAGGCAGCGUGGAGGGCAUAGUGUGAGCAAGUGCCCUGCGGCAACACAGCAUGUGAUGUUGCCAUGGGAUCGGUACUGCUUGUGUUAGGUGGUCUACUCCACCAAGGGGUGCUCACACUCCCUUGCCUUGCAGUGGCUUCUUCAUGCAUCCUGACUGGGAGAAAAUGAUGUGUGUCAGCAUCUCUGGGAUGUGGUGCAGUCCUUCAUACUCAGAAAAUUUCCCCUUGUGUCAGUACAUGUGAGAGACAGGCGGAGGGAUCGCCAUCUGAUCGAUGGCCAUGGGUGUGUCAAAUCCAGUGCAAAAGCACCUGUUUUCAGCACAUGGGGUUUCCAUGUUUUGGCACCACACACCUACUGACCAUUCUUCCAUUUGUUCAGGAAAAAAAAUACUAUUCUAUGCAAAGGAGAGUAAAUUAUUGCAACCCAAAGUGAUAGGAUCUGAAGAGAUACUCGUUCUACUUGUUCUGUGUUCGUUCUGGGCUUUUUCCAGGCUGUCCCAGCCUUCUGAACAAAGUCCCUGUGGUCUUCACAUGCAUUCUCAGCACACAAGCAGCAUCACAGUCUGUGAGUAACCCCCACCUGGGCAACCAGAAACUGGAGAAUUACAAAAUGUCUUUAUUUAAGUAUUCUGCAGCACUUUACCUGCCCAAUCACUGUUUUGUAAACAUGGAACUGUUAUAUUGAUCGUUUGUAAAAGCAUUUAAUAAAUAUGUGUUAGUUUUUAUCUUU